UACAGAUGCUGGGUCAGUUAUAUACAGUCAUUGGUUUGAAGCAGCUUGCGAAUAUAUCCAAUUAUUGAAGGGUAAAUCAGUGGUAGCCUGUUUAAUUGAACUGUGGAAGGCUGGCAUUUAUUUUCGAAGUUAGCAACGACAUCAGUAUCUUAAAGAUGAACCGCCGUGUAAAUUAUCGCUCCAUUUUGCCUUUACGCCAAGAACUUUACUGAUAGGCUACAUUUAGGGCCAUACGGUGUUUUUAUUGGAUAUAUGCUAUAUUUUCUAUUUUGGGCUGGAUAUCGAAUCAUACGGUGAUUUGAAUACAGCCAACUGCAGUAUCAACCGUUUGUUGAUAAACACGAAUCCUUUCUCAUACAGGACCACCUCCGGUGCAUUGAUGCACCCGUUUCAGUGGUUUAACGGGUGCUUCUGUGGUCUGGGACUGGUCUACUCCAACAAGUCGUGCACCAUGCCUCCCAUCACCUUCCAGGACCUGCCCCUCAACAUCUACAUGAUCAUCUUCGGAACAGGCAUCUUCAUCUUCAUCCUCAGCCUCAUCUUCUGCUGUUACUUCAUCAGUAAACUAAGACACCAAGCCCAGAGUGAUAGGUUUGGCUACAGAGAGGUGGUUUUAAAAGGAGAUCCUAAAAAGUUGAAUCUCCAUGGGCAGACGUGUGCUGUUUGCCUGGAAGACUUCAAAGUCAAAGAUGAGCUUGGAGUGUUGCCAUGCCAACAUGCCUUUCACAGGAAGUGUCUGGUGAAAUGGCUGGAGGUGCGCUGUGUGUGCCCCAUGUGCAACAAAACCAUUGCAGGACCCCCAGAACAGCGCAACAGCAUAGGAACACUACUGGACGAACUGGUGUAACCUAACAACAAGCACAGCGUGGGCACUGUGAGCUGGUGUAACCUAGCAACCAACAGAAAGUGAACGCUAUUGUCUGGUGUAUCCUAGAAACCGCCCACAGAUGACUGUGAAAUGGUGUAACCUAGCUACCACCUGGAGAGGACUGUGAGAGCUGCUGUUGCCUAGCAACCAACACAGAGCUGCAUACAUGAGUCUACACCACACACCACAGACAGUCUCCAGCUACACACACUUCACCCUGUCACUCUUUCUCUUUGUCUCUGACUGUCUCACUCUUUUUCUCUGUCUUUCUCCCCCAUUUCUUCUCACUAGCCUUCUCUGUCCUUUCUGUCACACUCUCUAUUUCUGUCUUUCUUUUGUUGUCUCUUUGAUCUCUCUCUGACACUCAUUUUCUCACCUUCUCUCUUUUCCUCUCUUUCUGUCUUUUACUUCCUCAGAGGUGAGUUCUAGUUCCAAAGUCAGCAAGAGGGAAGAGCUCCAGACGGUUGGAGAGUGUAGGAGCAGGCAGUUGAUUUGAAUGUGUAAAGACAAGAGUGGAACUAUAAGAACCACGGUGUUGGGAAAAUACAAAGUGAUGUUCUAUGGGCAUGUGUGUGUUGUGUGUUGUGUGUGUGUGUUGUCACACAGAGGAGUCUGUUUGGGUUUGUCACUUGUUGUAUUUAUUUGUUUGUUUAUAACAUGUUUGUUUUGUAUUAUUGUACAUGGACCAAGGCAAUGUGAGUGACGUGCAUCACCCUCUCACCACAACAUUUAUGUUCUUGGCUGAAAGGUGUUCGUUUUUGAUGUAUUGCACUCUGACACUCUGUGUUUUAUAUACCUCCUGCCAACCAAUGUGUGUAUCACACUGCACAGGUGGUUUAGUGAAACAUGCUCACAUGUUUUAGAACCUUGCCUGACACCUGAAGACUCGUUUUAGCUCCCAACAUUAUUGCCAAGGCUUUAGCUCAGUAGGCUAUUGUGGUUCUGAAAUGUGGAGACAGCCUGAAUUUGAUACCUAGCCAAUCACAUUAAUAGAUUGAGGUAUCUAAGAACUCAAAGGCAAUGCACCUGCUGUUUUCUGUCGUAUUACUGGUGCAGUAUACCUGUGACAUUACUUUUAUAAAGCAAAGGGUUCUUCGCAAGUUACAGUAGUUUAGAAGUUCAAUGUUGUGUGAUUAUAUCUCAAGAACAACUCCAUCUGAUGGAAUACAUCAUAUGUCAUUUUUCUCAGUUUGUAAUUCUCUCUCUUUGAAGAAUAUGCUUUCAAUUUUUUUUCGUGAUGUUUAAUGGCUCCUUUAAUGGCUCCAGUCGAACACAUACCAAGUAAGCACUACUUAAAUUGAGCACUACUCCUCCCUAUGCAACUGGGUCCUGGACUUCCUGACUGGCCGCCCCCAGGUGGAGAAGGUGGGCAACAUUACCUCCUCAACACUGACCCUCAACACAGGGGCCCAUGGGUGCGUCCUCAGUCCCCUCCUGUAUACCAACGACUGCGUGGCCUCAGACAGUUCCAACUCCAUCAUCGAGUGUACUGACGACAUGACAGUAGUAGGCCUGAUCAACAACAACGACCCCUACAGGGAGGAGGUAGGCACGUUGACGGCAUGGUGCCAGAUUAACAACCCCUCCCUCGACAUUAGCGACAGAAAGAAGCUGAUUGUGGACUUCAGGAGGAACCAGGCUGUCCUCAUCAAUGGGGCUGCCGUGGAGACAGUCAAUAACUUAAAAUUAUUUGGCAUUCACAUCUCAGAGAAGCUGAAACCACAUGGACAAAGUAGAGAAGAAGGCACUACAGCAACUCUUCAACCUCAGGAUGCUGAGGAAAUUCAGCCUGUCCUCGAGGGCCCUCACAGUGUUCUACAGGAGCACCAUCGAGAGCAUGUUGUUGGGCUGCAUCACAGUCUGGUACGGCAACUCCACCGCCGCAGACCGCAAGGCUCUUCAGAGGGUGUACAUGCAGCCAAACGCACCAUGGGGUGCACACUGCCCUACAGGACACAGGAAGCCAAGAAGAUCAUCAGGGACCCCAGACACCAAACCAUGACCUGUUCUCCCCGCGUCAAUCACUCAGACAUGGCAGUACAGAAGCAUCAUGGCAAAAACUGAAAGACUGGCCAAUAGUUUCUGCCCUCAGACCAUCAGGCUGCUGAAUAGCCACCACUAGUCAGCUACCAGCCCCCCACCCCACCCGAACAGACUUUUAUUCUGCCCCCUCACCAAUGGCAUUUUAUCACUGUUGCUGUUGUUAAUAUGUAAAUUUUAAAUUCUAUUAAAAUGUUGAUUGUUUUUAUUGUGCUCAAUGGUCAUGCUGCUGCUCCCCCUCUGGUCAUUCUACCCCAGCCCCUCAACAGUCUUUACUCUACCUCCACCCCAAUAGUCAUGCUGCUGCUCCCCCUCUGGUCAUUCUACCCCAGCCCCUCAACAGUCUUUACUCUACCUCCACCCCAAUGGACAUUUAUUUAUUCCUCACUGCUACACUUAUUAUGAUGUGUAUAUAGUACUAUUUAUACUGUUGUUAUUUCUAUUUCAUUAUUUUAUUUCAAAAGUCCUGCAUGUUAAUGCUCAAAGACUUUCACUGUACCCUGCAAUCCCACCUGCAAACCCACCUACAACCCUGUACAUGUAACUAUUAAACACCCUGAAUCUCUA